CUGCACCCCGUAGUGUGUCCGCUGUGUAAACAUGGCCUCGUCAAUGUCACUUAUAAAUGGCUUUACUCGACUUUCUUUGCGCAAUUUUAUCACCAAAACACCAUUAAGGUCAGUUAGCACGUCAGGAUGUCUGGCCCAGAAACAAGAGCAACAAUCACAGCUCAUCACGGUGGAUGAGAAACUGGACAUCACACCUAUAACCGGUGUUCCAGAGGAACACAUCACGACCCGUAAGGUGCGCAUCUUCGUGCCAACACGCAACACCAUGCAGUCAGGCGUGCAAAACACCAAGAAGUGGAAGAUGGAUUUCGACACACGGGAGCGAUGGGAGAAUUCUCUGAUGGGAUGGUCCUCUACGGCUGAUCCUCUGUCCAACAUGGUCCUAACAUUCAGCUCUAAGGAGGACGCCAUCGCUUUUGCUGAAAAGAAUGGUUGGAGCUACGAUAUAACCGAGAAGAGAACGCCAAACCCGCGAGUGAAGUCAUACGCAGCGAACUUCUCCUGGGAUAGAAGGACCAGAAGGUCUGCUAAAUAAACAGAUCAUAUAAGACUUGUAAAAAUUACAUUUAAUACCAUGUCUAAUUAAUAGUCCUAAUAAAGCAUUGCUCAGA